AUGCAGAACAGCAUUGAAGAUCACGAAGACGCCGGCUGCGACGUCGCCGAGGCCGCCGCCAGACCACCAAGCUGGAUGUCAUAUUCAGGCUACUCACUGGACCCUUGGUACCAGUACCCCGACGCCGGAAACACCAACGAAUGGUACUCGGCGGCAUCCGCCUCCGCAGAGAGAAACGCAACGCUAAGCGGAACAACCCACCUGGAUUACCACACCACCCCUCAAGACAGACUGCGAAGAGCGGAUCCAUCCCCGUUGUAUUACAGCCACCUUGACACACACGGCCAGAGUGCCGCGGUUGCAAGCACAGCCGCUGGGAGUGCGUACACAACUACACCGCUACAGCGCGAUGUUUCCUAUCAGGCUGACUCAACCUUGACGUUGAGCCCAACCUCAGCCUUGCCUUCUGCCCCUCCUAUCUCGGAAGGGACGCCAGUCGCUGCUUAUGGUGGCUAUCCCCGCGGCCAACGCCCCGUGAACACGCGCUCCGACAGUCGGACCUUUCCUUCGAGACGGACUCGCCCCUCGACUAUCCAACCUCGCCAACCCCGCGAAGACGAUUCCUCAUACCCACCCUCGCAGUAUCUCCAUGCCCCCGGCCACACGCUGCUCGCCCCUUCCCCCGCUACCUCCCCCGUCCCAACCCAAAUCGCCUCCCCAUCCCUGACCGCAAUCCACUCCCCCACUCUGUCCUCACUCGCGACGCAAACUCCCUUCACCCCAAAACGCUGUGGGUGGGUGGGCUGCGAGAGCGACACGUUAUUUACAACCGAGUCCGGCCUUAUGAGACACCUCCGGACCAUACACGUCUCGCGGGAGGCUUACCCCUGCGUGGAGGUAGGCUGUCCCAUGAAGUUUGGGAGAAAUGACCACCUCGUUGCCCACCAGAAGAGGAGACAUGGGGUUUAG